AUGGUGUUAUCCCGGGAUUUAGGGCCCGAGCAGCCCCCGGGAUUGUCCCGGGGGGACAUCGGGGGUCCCCUGGUCUGCAAGGACAACACCGGUGACUACUUCUGGCUGGUGGGCCUGGCCAGCUGGGGCAAGGGCUGCGCCGGGGCCAAGCGGCCGGGGGUGUUCACCUCCACGCAGCACUUCCACACCUGGAUCCAGGUGCAGAUGGGACUGCUCCCUCCAGAAGCCGACUCUGCUCCACCCGAGCCCUUCCCGAGCCCGGAGGAAGAGCCCGAGGCAGACUUUGAGGACGAGGAGAAUCCCAACCCGGAUGACUCGGAGGAUUACACGAAGAUUUCAUUCCAACAACAGAUCCUGGGCAAAUUCCUGAACCUGCUGCUGGAGCUGCUGCAGUUCCUGAAGGGAGAGAAAGCCUGAGCGGGGGGAUGAGCUGAUGCAGUUGUGGCAAGCAUCCCCCGGCGGGGCCGUGGCUGGGGGCCAGCUCAGCCCCCGUGCCCAGGGCUGCUGUGCCCUGCCCACGCUGCCCCCGCGCCCGCCCCGCCGGGGAACACACUUUGUGCUUCAAUUAGAGUUGUUCCAGUUCCCCCUCAGCCGCCGUGUCCGCCUCAGUCUCCUGGGAAAAACAGGGAUGGGACAAUCUGGGGGUCGGGCCUGGUUUGGGGGAGAUGAGGGGGAGGAGGGAGGGGAGGGAGGAUGGGCCUGAGCUGGGGAGAGGGAGAAACUUCUCCAGGCCAGGCUCCCCAGCUGUGCCAUUCCCGGGGAAAGCCCUUGAGAGGGACAGCAGUGGGGACAGCUGGAGCUGCUGUGGGGCUGCUGGCAGUGCCAGCCUGAGCUGCUGCUGCUGCUGCCACCCAGGGUGUCCCCUCUGUCACCAGCUCGUGUCUCUGAGGCUGCCGGGAGCCAUCCCAUGCUCCUGCUGUAGGAGCAGGGCCCAGGCUCUGCUGCUGGGAUCCCAGCAGUGGC